AUGCAUCAAGUUACUGCAACAAAAGCGAUUGAUUCGCGCUCUCAGGAUCAAAUGGGGCGAAUUUUCGGGUGCAAGCCGAGGGCGGGGCGCAGCACCGACGUAUGCGGGGGCCGAGGGGGGUGUGAGCUGGGGCAACAAUGCGGCCAGGGUAUCGAUCCACCCCCGCACGCCGUCUGCCCGACGCACCGAGCCUACGCGAGCACCGCUAACGUUCCUUCACUUCUAUGCAAACCUAGUACUUUUGCUUUCUAG